GUAGAGUAGAAGCGAACCUAGAGUUGUGAAAGUGUAUACCUAGGUUCCUUUGAGGACUUUAAAAAGUACGAGCUGAUUUUCAUCUUCUUAUAAAAGCAGACAUUCUGCUUUAAGAUUGAUACCCACCGACAUGACGUCCCCAAGUUUAAAUCUAAUCCUGGACGUUUUACUGCUUGUCUGCGUGUGCUUUGAGCAUGCUCUCAGCCUGAGAUCACGAUGUGAACAUUUUGCCCAUUACUCAAAGAAAGGCCGCACCUGUUCCUGUAGACCUGGAUACGUGAUCAGCAAAAGGGAUCCUUCAAGAUGUCUUGACAUUAACGAAUGCAACAGCCGUCGCCACGAUCCCCCAUGUGAGCAGAUUUGUAUCAACACCCCCGGCAGCUACUCUUGCUCUUGUGAAUCUGGAUACACCAUAAGCAAAACAAACCAAAACGAGUGUCGAGACAUCAACGAAUGUAAAAAACACUCACCGUGUGAACAGUUGUGUACCAACACAAUUGGAGGCUACUCGUGUUCAUGUAAAUCUGGAUACGCCAUCAGUGAAACAAAUCCAAACAGAUGCUCAGACAUCAACGAAUGUGCCAGAACAUCUGACCCUGUGUGUGAACAAAUCUGCACUAACAAACCUGGAGGCUUUAGAUGUUCCUGUAGAGAAGGUUACAAGAUAAACGCUACAGACCCCACAUCAUGUGUUGACGUUGAUGAAUGCAGCGGCCAAACAGAAAGCCCAUGUCAUCAUACGUGUACAAACACUAUUGGAAGCUACUCGUGCUCAUGUGAUCCGGGUUAUAGUGUUUCUGAAACAGAUACCUCUACCUGUACAGCACAGUGUAAUGCCUACUCAUCUAAAACCUCUAAAAUUUACAAGAAUUUAACAAACAAGGCUUGUUUCGAAAUGUGUGCAGCGAAUCCAUCUUGUUAUUCUUACAUCUACAAAGUUGGGACAAGUUGCGAACUAAAGCUGGUGACGGGGGAUGUUGUUGAUACGGAAAACUCAGAUUUGGAAGUUAAUCCGUACAUCAGGUGCCAAAACGUAUCAGGUGACUGCUCAGCAUAUUCGUCUAUUCGCCUAGCAAUCCUACCCUACAAUACUCAUAAGGACUGUUUCGACUCUUGCAUGGUUACCCCGCUAUGUGUUGGAUAUGAAUAUUCCAAAAAAUCAAACAGUUGCAAUCACUACAUCUUAGAUGGAACAGUGACGGACAUAAACACGGACAAGUCGACAUCAAGCUUUGUUCGAUGCUCAAUGCUUAAUGCUUGAUUUAGCAUGUAAAAGUUAUCCUUGUAUAAACAUAUAUAUAUAUAUAUAUAUAUAUA